AUGGGAAAAGGUGAAUUGGAACUUGCAGGAUUUAUCCUUUCUGAAGCAUUUGAUGAGAAAGCUGAAAAAGAAAAAGUUGAAAAGGAAAAAGCUCUAAAAGAGAAAACUGAAAAAGAAAAAGCUGAAAAAGAGAAAGCUGAAAAAGAGAAAGUUGAAAAAGAGAAAGCUGAAAAAGAGAAAGCUGCCAAGGAAAAAGCUGCAAAGGAAAAAGCUGAAAGAGAGAAAUCAAAGAGUGCUGUUUCACCAGCUACCACCAAUCAAAAUUCAAAUAAAGGUAAUGUAGAAAAGGGUGUAGCAAUUGGAGUUUUGGCAGGUGGUGCUGUUACUGGUGUUGCUGUCGGAGGUGCUUAUCUUGCCGAUAAAUAUAUUGCUAGUAAAGCCGCUGGAGCCGCUGUUAAUGUUAUUGAACUAACACCAAUUCCAAAUGCUGCAAACACUGCAAACAAUGCAGCAGCUGUUAGUCAAGGUUCGCACCGUUGGCAACCACUACCAUAUUAUUUGUUUAAUAUUUAA